GCGGAGCCUUCGGAAUGAUGAAAUACUUACCUGACACGGAUGUGGUGAGACUAUCCAAAAAGUUUUGUUUUCCUCUUUGGAUUAGGCCCUAUAGAAAAUAUGAGUUCGGAUCUGCCAGUUCUCCUCGCAGCAGUGUCGGUACUGUCUGCUCUUCAUAUGGGUUUUCAGGCAAGACGCGUGGGCUGGUCUAGGAUGAAGCAUAAAAUUAUGCCACCUUCUGUUACUGGACCAGCUGAGUUUGAAAGAACAUUUCGUGCCCACCAGAAUGGUGUUGAGUUUUAUCCCAUCUUCUUGGUGCUAUUGUGGACCUCUGGCAUCUUUUGCAAUGAAGGACUUGCUGCUCUUGGAGGAUUUCUGUAUAUUGUGGGAAGAGAGAUAUAUUUUACUGGCUAUAUAAAUGAAACCAAGAAAAGAUUGCCAGGGUUUUACUUGGCGUUGUGUGUCAUAUUAAUCCUAUCUGUGAUGGCCUCUGUUGGAAUCAUACAAUCAUUCUUGGACAAAUAUCUUGACAUCGAACUGUUCUAAAGAAAGUGAUGAAUCCACAUUUUGAAAAUAGUUCAUAUCAUUGCGAUUUAUCAGAAAACAGGCUCAUGUAAAAAAGUCUUUCAACUUACUUUUGCAUGUUUCAGGUAUUUUAUAUUUUUUUGUGUUUUUUUUUUUUAAACCAUUGUGAAUGAACAUGUUUACAGAGAAGAAAUGUAAAUAUUUCGAGUUUUGAACCUUAGAGGCAUUUGUUGUUAUGACAUGUUUGUUACAGUAAUUAUUAAUAGUAAUAUUACCUGAACCAAAAAUAAUAUUCUACUCAAACAGAGAUUAAAAUUACUCGAUUUUGACAGAUAGCUUUAGCAACAUGUUAUGUAUUGCACCUUGCUCAUUUGCUAUGGUUUAAACUCAUCACCAUUUUGUGUAAUUGAUUUAUUAUAAUAAAAAAAUGAUAAUAAUAAUUUGCUACAUUUAUAUAGCACUUUUCUAGAAACUCAAAGAACUUUACAUAGUAUAGGGGGAAUCUCCUCAACCACCACCAGAGUGCAGCAUCCAUCUGGAUGAUGCGCGGCAGCCAUAAUGCACCAGUACACUCACCACACACCAGCUUUUGGUGGAGAGGAAAAUACAAUGAUGUAGCCAAUUCAUAUACACCAAUCAGCCACAACAUAAUUAUACAGAGUGGUUAUCUGAGUUACCAUAGACUUUGUCAGUUCAAACCAGUUUUUGCUUGAUACAGACAGUAAUGCUUGAUAAAGACAUUAAUAACACAUAACAAUGGGGGGCCUGGGUAGCUCAGUGGUAACACACGCUGGCUACCACCCCUGGAGUUCGCUAGUUCGAAUCCCAGGGCGUGCUGAGUGACCCCAGCCAGGUCUCCUAAGCAACCAAAUUGGCCGGUUGCUAGUGAGGGUAGAGUCACAUGGGGUAACCUCCUCGUGGUCGCUACAAUGUGGUUCGUUCUCAGUGGGGCGUGUGGUGAGUUGAGCGUGGAUGCUUCGGUGGAUGGCGUCAAGCCACAUUGAUAAGAUGCACGGGUUGGUAGUCUCAGACGUGGAGGCAGCUGGGAUUCACCCUCUGCCACCCAGAUUGAGGCGAAUCACUACGUGACCACAAGGACUUAAAAGCGCAUUGGGAAUUGGGCAUUCCAAAUUGGGUGAAAAAGGGGAAAAAUAAAAUAAAUAAAUAAAUAAAUAACACAUAACAACAAUAAUAACAA